AUGGUGGUCUCUAUGAGGUCCUGGCGCAACCAAAGAGGAUCUCGAAUUCGAAUCCUGCUUCUUCUGGCUCUUUUCAUUCACUUUCGGCCACUAGGAGCUUUAAAGCAGAAACCCAUGAGAGAUUGGACUGUGUGCUCCUGGGAUGCGUACGUUGGGCCAUUGGUUCUUCAGUCACAGGAGCGAGCAUGCCCACUCACAAACGAUUGGUCCCUCUGGUCACAUCAGCCCAUUUGCCCCGGGCCUGUAGGGGAUGAUUACAACUCGGAGCCCUUCUCCCCCGACUGUGUCUUCACCCUGACCACCUUCCGGGGCAACCAAGGCAUCAGCUUGAUUACUACCCCUCAGCUUGCCGCCAACCUCGCUGACAAACUCGAUGACUCACGCGUGUCACCAAGCUCGAGAAGUCAGUUGACAAACACGGGACAAGUCCAACGAGAUGGGGAGGCCCCUUAUGAAGUCCGGGAGAUACCGGGACGUGGCAAGGGGGUGCUUGCAAAGCGCAAGUACCGAGAACAUAAGACUGUCAUGGUCGGGUUCCCCGUGCUCAUGGUUAGAUUGGACUUCAUCAACGAAGACCGAUAUGGUACGAGGCAAAAACAGUACAUGAUGCAGGCCAGUGUGAGGCAGCUCCCACCGGAGCAGAGGGAGUCAAUUCAGGCGCUGGCACGGAGCACAGGCGGCGAACCCAUUCUGGAUGCUCUCCGUACAAAUGGCUUCGGUGUUGAGAUCGACGGAGUUCAACACUUGGCGCUUUUUAUUGACGGUUCAAGAGUCAACCACAAUUGUCGGCCAAAUUCCUAUUGGCGCUACAUCAAUGACGAGAUGGCGAUGGAAGUCGUGGCACUCCGAGACAUUCAACCUGGGCAAGAAGUUGCACACAGUUGUAAGAGCCGACUCCAGCCCAUGGACAACCUGAGAGAAUGA